AUGGAUAACAGUCUGAAGUGGCAAGCUCAGGUCACCAGCGUAUGCAAAAAGGUUACUGGAUCUUUGCGGGCUCUCUAUCGCGCUAAAAACUUACUUCCUCCUGCUACGAAGGCUAUGUUGGUGCAGGCUUUGGUUCUCCCUAUUAUUGAUUAUGCCGAUGUGUGCUACUACGACCUGAAUGCAGAUCUCCUCAACAAGCUUGACCGUCUUCUGAAUAACUGCAUUCGAUUCGUUUUCAACCUGCGUAAAUAUGAUCAUGUUUCUGCACAUCGGAUGCAACUAAAGUGGCUGCCCAUACGCCAGCGCAGGGAGCAAAGGGCGCUAACCACCCUAUUCUCCUUUCUUUGUUCACCUUCUUUGCCCACUUAUCUUUCCCCUUAUUUUCAAUAUCUAUGCGCAAACCACAGCAAAAACCUUCGUUCUUCUCAUAACCGUUUUCUUCAAUGUCCCACUCAUCGCACCGACUUCUUUCAUUCUUCCUUUUUCGUACAGUCAAUUUUGCUGUGGAAUGCGCUUCCCCUGGAUGUCAGGAUGGUGUCGACUCGUCUAUCAUUUAAGCAGAAAGUGCGUGAACUUCUCUUGGAGAGGGUGGCUGAAUCAUCACGCUAA